UCCAUAUCUUUCAGAAUCCCAACUAUAAUUUCCCUCGCUUUCUUCUUUUUCACCCAAAAAUCCCCCAAACCCUAACCCCGUCUCUUUCUCCAAAUCACAACCCGAAGCCCACGCCGACCUCGCCCGUCGUCGAAACCCGACGCGGAUCCUGAUCGGAGCGAGGGUUUUGGCGCCGGGCCUCGCCUCAGUUUCCGAUCUCCGGCGAGAUCGAGGAGAUCCGGUCAUCGAUUCCCGGGGUUUUCUUGUAUGUCCGGGGCCCAUCCUAUGACGUGGCGCUUGCCGUUCCCUCCGCGCUUCGCUGAUCCCGAUGCUUACCAUCGAUUCGACGGUGCAAGCGGUCGAAUCGAGGAGGAUGUGGCUGACGUUCUCGUGAUCAAGACUCCGUUGAAGCGAAAGCCAGAUGUAGAAGAUCCUGAAACUGCCGACUCAAAUGAGUGGACAAACAGCCCUAGAUAUGUUAAAGGAGUUACCAAUCCCUUUCAAACACCUUCAUCUAUAAAGGGGGGUAGGAUCUGCAGCAAGUAUAAUCCUUUGAAGUUCAAACCUGAAUAUACAACCCCCAUUCAAUAUGCUGGUUCUUCCAGUAACGAUCUUACCCCAGUUAGUAAUUUUCGCUAUGACAACUCUCUAGGUUUCCUGACAAAAAAGUUCAUCAAUUUGCUUAAGCAUGCACAGGAUGGCAUUCUUGAUUUAAAUAAAGCUGUGGAAACUUUGGAGGUUCAAAAAAGGCGUAUAUAUGACAUUACAAAUGUCCUUGAAGGAAUUGGACUAAUUGAGAAGAAACUUAAAAACAGAAUAAGUUGGAAGGGUUCCGAUGACUCAAGACCAGGAGAAGUUAAUGAUGUCCCAAUUUUAGAAGCAGAUAUUAAAAAGCUUCAUAUGAAAGAGCGCAACUUGGAUGAUCGAAUAAGUGAAAUAAAGGCAAGGCUAAAAAGAAUUAGUGAAGAUGAAAGCACCCAGAAAUUUCUAUACGUGAUCGAAGAAGACAUAAAAUCUCUUCCCUGCUUUCAGAACAAAACUCUAAUAGCAAUUAAAGCACCCCUGAGUACAAACAUGCAAGUUCCAUAUCCCGAUCAGGACACUGAGGAUCCUCAAAGAAGAUACAGGCUGGUCCUUAGAAGCGAAACUGGUCCAAUUGAUGUUUAUCUUGUCAGUAAGUUUGAGGAAACAAUUGAGCAGAUCAGCGGUGUGGAAACUUCCGAAAAUAUCCUUCCUGUGUCAAAUCCAAGCUUUCCUCAGAGUGAAAUGAUGGCAGUGAGAACUGUAGAAGAGAGCAGAGGAAAGGAAACUGAGUUUCAAGGUGUCGAGAUGUCGCAUGCUAGUCCAAAUUUUUUACAGGAAUCUAUUGCUGGGAUGAUGAAGAUUGUUCCUUCAGAAGUUGAUACAGAUGCAGAUUACUGGCUUCUAUCAGAUGCCGAUAUUAGCAUCAGUGACAUGUGGAAGACAGUUCCUGAUGCUCAUUGGGACGUAGAACCUGGGUUAAACGCUGAGGAUUUCCUUGCAAGCAGUCCUCAAACUCCGACGGCUGGAGUUCUGAAAUCACCCUCAGUAACUCACACUCCCAGAAGCAGGAUGGUGAAGUAGGAAGCAAGUUUAAGACGAGAGUUGCCUUGUACAGCUGAAGACGGGAUGUUAUCUUAUGAGCGCUAUAUACGUCCAAUUAGAAUUUUGAUCUCAAACGUAGACAUGUUUGUUUAUUUAUUUUUAUUUUGCGAGGAGAGUAGCAUAUAAUUUUUCUUGUUUGAUCUCAAACAGUUAACGGACCGAGUAAGAAUUGUUAGUUGUAGGAAUCUCUAAUCAUAAUUGAAUUCCAAUUUGAUAAGAUUUUUUUUUUUUU